GGCUCCAGGGUUGGUGUGAGGUGAGGGUAGUUCCUUCUCCUGCGGGCAGAGGCAGAUCUCAAGAGACAGGUGUCCAGGUGGAUGGGGAGAGAGAGAGAGAGAGAGAGAGAGAGAGAGAGAAGUCCGUACCAGUCUGUCUAAUACGGAGCAUGACUGUACAGGCUUUGUAUGACAGUGAGGCUCCCUGGGUGCCAGGGGUGCAUGAGAGGUGCUGCAGAGUUUCCUUAUUACAAAGCCCAAAUUUUUUGAUAUGCCUGAAAGCACGACUCCUUCCAAGGCAAAGCAAGGUCUACUCAGAUGGUAUGUAGUUUGUGUAUGACUCUGUAAUAUUUUUUGAUAUGGUAAAGCCUUGAAUUUCUAGAACCUGGAAAACUCUUUCUUCUCCCUGAUUUCCCCUCUUGUCCAAACAUGCUGUUCAAAAUCUGCUUUCUAAGCCAUGGGCUCUGCAACUAACUUUUAUCUGUUACAGAGACCCCUCUUACUCAUCAAGCACCUAGUUAUUUCAGCCUUAGGGCUUACCAAAAAAAGAAGCUCUUCAAAGCACAAUACAUGCGCAACCAAGGCAGCACUCUCUACCUGAGUCAGCAAGCAGCAUGAAACAACACACACGGACUGCUGUGCACUCACUCACGCGUUUUCAGAAGGCGCGAUUCCUGCAAACAGCCUAUCUGUGCUGCCCUGUGAACAGUUUCACUGCUGAGAAAAGCACCCAAGGCUGGAAAACAGUGAGGUGCUGAGGGAAGAGCACAGACUCCAGAGUGGAAGGGAUAUAGGUUUCUGAGCCUAGAAGACUGGUAGUGGCUUUGAGCCCUGCCCCAGGACAGUGGAUGCCUCCUGUGAGAUGACUUCUUGACAUCUUCCUUACUUACGCUGCUGAGCUAUGUUGUGGGGGUGUCUUCUCUCUUUCAGUGUGUCACCAGUACAGAUGAAGCCCUCAUUGCUGCUUGUGUCUCACCUCUGCCUGUUCAGCCUCACGCAUCCCUUGUGGGCAUCAGACUCAGCACAAGGUGCCUCCAGCCUAACUUGUUGGUAUGACUCACGGGCGGCUCUCCUCUGUGACUGGGACCCAGGCAGGGACCUGGUUGAAGCAUCGUGUCAGCUGGAGAUUUUAUCAAAUCAAGGUUUUUGUGACAGCUCAUUGUUGUUCUCUACCUUGAGUCUCAUGUCAUCUCCCUUACCCGGAAAAAACAAGAAGGACUGUGAAUUACUCAAGGCAGAACACAAGAGAGGACUGAGGAGAUGCAUCAAGACCUUCAGCCAAGACAAUAAUACUCAAUGCUUCACCAGGUCAGACCGUCUUGCCAUGUCUGUCCAUUGCCAGAUUGGAGAGAAUAAGUCUAUACCUGCAAGAAUAGAAAAUUUCAGUCCCCUUGCAAACAUAAAGCUGAGGCCUCCAGAAAAUCUUCAUCUGGUUAACAUAACUGAAAACACCUCCAACUUAACAUGGAGCCUGAAUAUUUCCUCUCACUAUUUGAAUGGGGAGCGGGAAUACCAAGUGCGGUACCGAAACAUGAGUCAGUCCUGGGAGGAGGCCAUGAACUUGCCCAUUGAACAUGACCAGAUGUGGGCAAAUUUUGAGAGACUCUCACCCAACUCGAAAUAUGAGGCAGCUGUCCGUGCAAGGCCAAGUGCCAGAAGCACCUACAAAGGCGUGUGGAGUGACUGGAGCAAGCCGAUACCGUGGAGGACACAUGCUGACCAUAAGGAUCAGUCAGAAACAUCCUGGCCAGCCCUGCAAGCUCUUAUAGUGAGCACUUUCCUCUUCAUCAUCAUUGGGACUGCCUUUCUUAUUAACUUACGGAACCUGAAAUGGUUUAAAAAGAUCCUGAAGAUUCACAUCCCAGAUCCUGAGAAGUUCUUUCCCCCACUUGUUUCACUUCACGGAGGUGACAUUCAGAAAUGGCUCUCCUCCCCAUUCUCCACAUCUUCCUACUGUGUGAACAGCACAAUCCCAGAGAUCUCUGUGCUCGAAGUAAUGCAGAAGAGUGACCAGGAAUCCCGGUUUCUACUUUCCAAGGGAUCCCUGACUCCUGAUCCUCCCUCAGAAACCAGUGUGCACUCUGUAUCCAGCUGCUUCACCAACCAAGGUUACUUCUUCUUCCACCUUCCCAACUCCUUUGAGAUCGAGCCCUGUCAGGUCUACUUCACCUACGAGCCUUUCACUCAGGAGGGCAGUGGCACCAAGGAUGGCAAGUCCCACCAUGCUCUCCCCUCUCCAGACCUCUGCACACUGGCAGAGGACAUGACCAUGUUGCCCCGCAACUUCUUUCAUUGUAUCAAGGCAACCCAGGGCUUCCAAAACAGCUCCGUCAUGAGAGAGACAGAAGGUGAAGCCCAGCAGGCCAUGGCUAUUUCUGGGUCAAGUGAAGGCACCUCACCAACACCAGCUCUGAAACAGGAUGAGAAAGUGAUGGACAAAGCAGUUUCACAACCUGAUGAGGCCCUGUGCCAGCAGCUGAACACUGACUUUCCCAAUCCACUGGACCUGCAUGACAGCAAUACUAUCAAUGCAACAGAGGGGAGUGGGAAGGCAGACCCUCCUGCUGACCCCUGUACACCAGCAGCAAAUGCUACCUCUUCUCUCUCCCAGCUUCCACCUCUAAGGCAAAGACAGGAUGAGGAUCCAUGCAAAACAGCCUUCUCCAGCCAGGUCCCAAACACUGAUUCCUACCUUUCUCUGAAGGACCUCCAAAGCCAGUAUAGCCAUUGCUCGAUCUAGAAUUGGUCUGGAGGAAACCCACAAAUGGUAAAAGCCACCUCUUCUGGGAAGGCUAGAUUGACAGUUUUUCUAUUCAGGACAUGAAUGUGACUUCAGUAGCAAACCUAUUGGGACUGCUCAUUAAUGAGGCUGGAGAACAUAGGCCAGCAAAGACUCAUCUUCAUAGGUGAACCUGGUUUUCUGUUAUUAUUGGCUCUGAUGGUAUGGAAAAUGCUUCUCACAAUGCUCAAGGAACUUCCCGAACCACACCACCUUGCUUUUCCCUUCCCAGCUCCCAGUAGGAGGCUGUGCCAGCAUUUCCAUGCUCUGCGACUUGGUGUAAAAUAGAACUCAGCUUUGAGGCUGAGCAGGCAUAUGGUCCAUUUGCCUUAUUCUGGCCUGAAAACCUCUAGUGGGACGGAGAAAUGCCUGAAGAGGUGGAAAUGAGGUUUUGUACAGGGGACAAUAUCACUGCCAGUCAGUGCUGGGGCUGAUGAUGAAAUGGAUGAAGACAUCUCCUCCUGACUGACCAAGGGUGUGAUUUCUUCCUAUGGUGUCCCCACUUCAGGUUUUAAUCAGAGAUGACAUUCUAAACUAAUCAGUCCAGCUUUAGACUAGAGUCCCCAAGGUCAGCUCAGAGCCACAACUGUGUCAGCAGUGCAGUGUAAAAAAGAAAUCCCCAUUAUUGGGUUAAAAAUACUGGGGAAAUCCCCUCCCUCUCUUUCUUUCCUCCAGCUCUGAUAAUGGCAGUAGAAAGAACUCACACAAUUUCCCAUUCUUGCCACAAUAUUUUUCAUGAAAUCGAAAGCCUCUCUGCCCUUCUGGCAAACUACAGUUACUUGACUACCUUAGGCUGAUUGCAGAAUAGUUCAUCCCACAUCCUGUAUUAGUGGAAAACAUCACGACCGUGCUGCCCAUUCCUUCCAUUGCUCAAGAGAAACCAUUACCUAAUUAGUAGCAAAGAUGCAAUGAAUGAGACCAGAAAACUAACCCACAAAUCAGCACCUUUACUGAAAAGAAAACUUCAAUCCACUCAUAAAGAAUGGAGAUAGCACAGACUUUGUUUUUCUUUUUCCUCUACAUGCACUUAUCUGGGUUAAGAAAAAGCAACACACCACAGAGGAAAGGUGGCAAGCAAAGGAAGACAAGUUGUUCUGGUUACAUCGAUCCUUGUGUUCAACAUCUGUACCAUCUGUCCACUUUCUUGCCGUAUGUCUGGACUUUUCAGCAGUGGGAGAAUACCACCCUAUGCUAAGAGUUCUUAGACUUCCUCUAAGAGUUUUUCUAAGAGUAUUUAUACCACAAAACUCAAGGAUAUUGAACUUGUUAGUACUUCUAUCACACCUGUGAGUGUUAACAAAGCUAAUUCUUUCCUAUCUCUGUCUGAACAAACAUCGAGCUUCCACUUUGUCCUGGUCCUACACUGUUACCUGACCUUGCAUUAUGCAUCAUGAAUGUAAUUAGGAGUCCCAGCUACAGGGUCACCCACUGGCUUGGAUUUCCCCUCAAAAGAGCUGCUCAAAGAAGUUGAGUCUGCCUGUAGCUGAGAGGGUUGUGGGAACUGUACCUCUCCUCUCAUCAGCUUCUUCACUACCUGCCUCAACAUGUGGACUACUCUGUUGUCUCCAGGAGACAACAGGUGAAGAAGACCCCUCGGCUUCCCAGAUAAGGAAGCGCAAGGCUUUCCCAGCUGUUUCAUGUACUUUGAGAAUCUUCCAAGAUGAACUUCAAAAAGAGACACUGAAUCCCUUGCCCCUGAUGAGUAAUUUGCUAUCUUACAUGGGCCAGGGAUCCUAGUUGCACUGGUGGGUAUCUUGUCCCCAUGUAGAUCUUCAUAAGCUUUUCAAUUUUCCUUCAUAGAAUCAUAGAAUCAUUAAGCUUGGAAAAGAUCUCUGAGAUCAUCAAGUCCAACCUUUGACUGAGUACUACCAUUCUCACUAAACCAUCGCAAAGUGCCAUGUCUACUUGUUUUCUGAACACUUGCAAAGAUUGUAACUCCAACACUUUCCUAGGGAGUUUAUUCCAAUGUUUAACAGUGAAGAAACUUUUCCUGAUACCCAAACUGAACUCCUCCUGUUGCAACUAGAGGCCAUUUCAUCUUGACCUAUCAUUUGUUACCUGGGAGAAGAGACUGACCUCCACAUUGCCACAACUGCCUUCAGGUAGCUGUAGAGAGCAAUAAGGUCUCCCUUGAGCCUUCUUUUCUCCAGGUUGAACAACCCCAUCUCCCUCAGCUGUUCCUUGUAAGACUUGGGCUCCAGAUCCUUCACUAACCUUGCCCUUCUCUGGACAUGCCCCAGCACCUCAUGUUUUUCUUGUAGUGAGGGGCGCAGAAUUGGACACAGUACUUGAGGUGCAGCUUCACCAGUGCCAAGUACAGAGGGAUAAUCCCUUCACUAGUCCUGCUGGCCACACUAUUUCCAGUACAGGCCAGGAUGCCAUUGGCCUUCUUGGCCACCUGGGCACACUGCUGGCUCAUGUUCAGCCAGCUGUCAACCAACACCCCCAGAUCCUUUUCCUGCUGCAUAGUUUUCCAACCAUUCUUCCCCAAGCCCGUAACACUGCACGGGGUUGUUGUUACCCAAGUGCAGGAUCUGGCACUUCAUCUUGUUGAACCUCUACAAUUGACCUCAGCCCAUCAAGACAACCUGUCCAAAUCCCUCUGUAGAGCCAUACUACCGUUCAGCAGAUCAACACUCCCAUCCAGCUUUGUGUCAUCUGCAAACUGACUGAGGGAGCCCUCAAUAUCCUCAUCCAGGUCAUUGAUAAAGAUGUUAAACAGGACUGGCCCCAACACUGAGCCCUGGGGAACCCCAGUAGUGACUAGCUGCUAACUGGAUUUAACUCCAUUCCCCAUAAGUCUUUGGGCUCAGCCAUCUAGACAGUUUUUUACCCAGCAAAGAGUACAUAUACCCACACCAUGGGCUGCUAGUUUCUCCAGGAGAAUGAUGUGGGAGACAGUGUAAAAGGCUUUGCUAAAGUUUAGGUAGACAACAUACACAGUCUUUCCCUCUUCCACUGAGUGGGUCACCUUAUCAUAGAAGAAAAUCAGGUUGAUUAAGCAGGACCUUCCUUUCCCAAACCCGUGCUGACUGGGCCUGAUCCCCUGGUUGUCCCACACAUGCCACAUGGUGGCACUCAAGGUCACCUGCUCCAUGACCUUCUCUGGCACCAAGGACAGGUUGACAGGCACGUAGUUCCCUGGAUCCUCAUUCUGACCCUUUUUGUAGAUGUGUGCCACACUGGCUAACUUUCAGUCAUCUGGAACCCUCCUGGUUAGCCAGUACUACUGGUAAAUGAUGGAGAGUGGCUUGAUAAGCUCUUUUGCCAGCUCUCUCACUACCCUUGGGUGUAUUCCAUCUGGCCACAAGGACUUGUGAGUGUCUAAGUGGCACAGCUGGUCACUAACUACUUCUUCCUGGAUUAUAGGAGGUUUUUUCUGCUCCGUGUCUCUGUCUUCCAGCUCAGGGGGCUGGGUACCCUGAGGACAUCUGGCCAAGAAGGCAUUAAGUAGUUCAGCCUCAUCCUGGUGGCAAUGUUCCCCCUCUACAUCAAAUAAAGGAUGGAGAUUCUCCUUGACUCUCUUUUUGUUAUUUAUGUAUUUGUAAAAACAUUUUUGUUAUCUCUUAUGACAGUGGCUAGAUUGAGUUCCAGCUGGGCUUUCUCCUUUCUAAUUUUCUCUCUGCAUGGCCAAAUGACAUCCAUGUACUCUUCCUGAUUACAUCUUGCUGCUGAGUACAAAAGAAAAGGCUUGCCUCUUUGUAAAUAAAAAAAAUAUUAAGUAA